AUGGCUCGUUUGACGCUCAUAGCUACCUCGGCCGUCUUGUUGAUAUUGACCGCUGUUCACGCGCAGUGGCAACCAAACGUCGCGGUCGAAAAUCGCACUCUUGACGAGAUAUACCAGGCGGCACAAGCUGAGAAAUGUAGCCAACUCCGAGUCGCAGCAGGAGGAGAUGCCAAAGGCUACUGGUCCGGCACUAUCGAAGGCUUCCAAAAAAGAUUCCCUUUGAUCGAUCUGAAUCUGACCACCGACUUCUCUAAAUACCAUGAUUCACGCAUCGACCGUGCUUUUUACGCCGGUAACGAGGACAUCGACAUUGCCGCCCUUCAGACGCUUCAAGAUUUCCCGCGCUGGAAGGCACAGAAUCGUCUCAUGUUCUACAAGCCGCAGAAUUUCUCGGACCUUGUGAAUGGCGAGAAAGACUUCGAUGGCGCCUGGCUCCCCGUGUACUUAUUUGGUUUUGGACAAUUCUUCUACGACAGCAACAAAAUCAAGGAGUCAGAGAUACCCGACAAUUACCUGGACCUACUGGACCCCAAAUGGAAGGGAAAGUUGAUCUCAACCUAUCCUAACGAUGACGAUGCAAUUGCUUACCUGUUCUCCCUCCAAAUUGCCAAGUAUGGCUUUGAAUGGUUCGAGCGCCUAGCUCAGCAGGAUGUCCAAUGGGUGCGCGGCAGCGCUACUCCUUUCAUCCUGCUAUCCCAGGGAGCCGACAACACUUCGUCCGAGCGCGCUAUAACUUUCAGCACCACUCACCUUGACGGCUUCAACCCCGCGGUCAAGUCCACGAUUCCGUCGAAAGAGGAAUAUUUCUCCUGGUUCCAAACCAUGGCCAUCUUCCGCUCAACCAAAUGCCCCGAAUCCUCAAAACUCUUCGUCUCGUGGAUUUUGAGCGAUGAAUGGCAGGCGCCCUUGUCGAAGACGAUUACCACACCUCUCAACCACUUGAACGCACUAUCAGGCAAUGAGAUCUAUACCAACAACAAAACCCAGACACAGGGAUUCCGAUAUUUUGAGAAUGAUCGUGCUGUGGUGGAAUGGUGGAAGACACAAUAUGAAACGACUCUAGGCCCUGCUGUGGGAAUUGACCCGAAUCUCAUCUAUUGA